AUGUCAAACACCAAACUAAAACAAUUUAUGAGUCAAAUGAGUUUUUGUAUUGAUCAAGGCCUUGGAAAAGAAACACAGAAAAAAGCUACAAUCAAAUGUUGGCAAACAUAUGUUCAAGACAUGCCUACUGGUAAUGAAGAAGGAGAAUUUCUAGCCCUUGAUUUGGGUGGUUCUAAUUUCCGUGUUCUUAAAUUGGAACUAGGUAUAAAUAAAUAUUUCAAAAUGGACCAACAAACAUAUGUAAUAUCUAAAGAUUUAAUGAUUGGAUCGGGCAUACAAUUAUUUGAUUAUAUAGCCGAGUGUUUAAAUAACUUUGUUAAUUCUCAAGGAAUUAAAUCAACAAGUUAUCUACCAUUGGGCUUCACAUUUAGUUUCCCAAUAUCACAAUUGAGUAUAAACUCUGGAAAACUUGUUAGAUGGACGAAAGGUUUCACAUGUGAUGGUGUAGUUGAUGAAGAUGUAGUAAAACUCUUAAAUAAAUCAAUAAAAAAAUCUAAAGAUUUAAAUGUUACAAUUUGCUCUCUUUUAAAUGACACUGUCGGCACUCUAAUGUCUUGUGCGUGGCUAAACUCAAAAACGAAAAUUGGUUUAAUCGUUGGAACUGGCUGCAAUUGUUGUUAUGUAGAAAAAGUAAAAUUUAAUAUAUUUAUAUUUAUAAUAUUCUUAAUAAUAAAACCAUUAAUUUUAAGGUGAAAAAUAUCAAGUCAUAUAAUGGUAGUUCAACAAAGGAAGAAAUGAUUAUCAACUUAGAGUGGGGUGCAUUUGGCGAUAAUGAUGAAUUAAGUGAUUUUCUGACUAAAUACGACAAAAUUGUUGAUCGAAAUUCUGAACAUCCUAGUCAACAAAUUUUUGAAAAAAUGGUAUCUGGGAAAUAUUUAGGAGAAUUGUUAAGAUUAAUAUUAUUAGACAUGAUAAAAGGAAAAUUAAUAUUUGAUGGAAUGAUUCCUAAAAUACUAAAUACUCCCCAAUCAUUAACGACUAAUGUAAUAUCACUAAUCGAGAGUGAUCCACCUGGAACAUUUACCAAUUCAAGGAAAUUCCUUAGAGAAAUUGGAGUAAAUAAUUCUACUGACAGUGAUUGUAUGAAUUUAAGGUAUGCAGCCGAGUGUAUUUCAAAAAGAUCUGCUCACUUAGUUGCUGCUGGACUUACAGUUUUACUAAACAAGAUGAAUACUAAGGAUGUAACAAUUGGAGUAGAUGGUUCAGUGUAUCGAUACCAUCCAUUUUAUCAUCAAUUAUUGGUUGACAAAAUAAACGAGUUAGUAAAUAUUGGUAUAAAAUUUGAUAUUAUACUUUCUGAGGAUGGAAGUGGAAGAGGCGCAGCUAUUUUAGCAUCCGCUGUUUGUAAGAAAUCUAAAGAAUAA